AUGCAAGAACUUCUUGAUUAGUUUUUUGAAUUAUUAAAAUAGACAGAUGAAGCAAUCAAGAUUUAAAUUAGAGCAUUAACAAGUAAUAAUGUGGAUUUUUAGGAUACUAAAUCUAAGUGGGAAGAAGUAUAAGUCAAAUUGUUAAAAUUACUAAUUUAAACCUAUUGUAUUGAUUAAUAGAUUAGUCAUCAUCUUAUUCCUGAUGAUGUUUGGAGCCUAAUUUCAUAAAUAAUGAAAAGAACUAUAAUUGAUUGCAAAUUAUAAUUUGCGACAACAAGAAAAAAAAUAAGAUUACUUUAGUAAUAAUGGUAGAAAAAGGAAGACGAAGCUUUAAAAGAAAUUUGUGUUUCAUAUUAAGCAUAGAAUAGACCAUUUAAAUGGAAUGAAAUAGCAAAAGAAUUAGCAUAAAAAUUAAAUCAAUAAAAUGUGAAAAUGACAAAAAUAGUAAGAGAUAGAUGGCUUAAUAAAUUAAAUCCAAAUAUUCAAAGAGGUCCAUGGGAAAAAAAUGAAGAAUAUGAAUUAUGUAAAUAGUUACUUAAGCAUGGAAAGAAUUGGAUGAUAAUAGCUAUCGAAAUGAAAAAUUCUAGAACAGAAAAUUCAAUAAAGAAUAGAUAUUUCAAUAUAUUAAGAAAGUUAGAGAAGCAAGAUGUUCCUAUAUUGAGUAAAACAAAUAUUGAGAAGUAAUUAACUAAAUUUUAAUUAAAUGAAAGUGUCAAACUUGAAUAAUUUGGAUAAUAAGAGAUUAGCUUUAUAUUAUAUUAAUUAAGUAAAUUGGAACCAAAUAUUAUAAAAACUAAAGAAGAAUUUAAAUCAGAUAAUAAGGUAUAGAAGAAAACCAAUGGAAGCACUUAGAAUUCUUGUUCUAAGAAACUUUCAAAAGCUGAUGAAAAAGAUGAAAAACUACAUGCAAAAAACAUAAUCAAAAAAGUUUUAAAAUAAUAUGAAUAAGAUGAAAAUCUCGAUAUCAAUAAAAUGAAAGAUUAUUAUUAAGAAGUAGUAGCUUAAAAAGGUGAUACUGUAGAAUUGGAUGAAGAACCAAUUAGUGAUUCUGAAAACUUAUCAGAAGUACAAUUUGCAGUAAUGGGAAAGGAUUCAUAAAAAUUACAUUUAUUUCCAAAAUCAUAAUUAAAAGUAGUAAUGGAACUUAUGAAAUAAAAAAAGGAAUAGAAAAAAGAUGUAUAAUCAUCAUUAAGUAAGAUCUAAUCUCUUCCACCUCCUCUUCCAAAAUUAGAAUAAAAAUUACCGUAACCUCAGUAAUAAUAAUAAUCUUAACCAUAAUAACAAUAGUAAAAUCCUUAAUAAAUUUUUCCAUAAACCUCUAUACCUCCUUAACCAUAAGUUCCAGUUUAAUUACCUAUAGUCCAACCAAUCAUGUAACCAGUUGCUCUUCCAACUCCAGUAAUACCUAUAUAAUAAUAACACUCUGGAUAAUAAUAAUAACAUUAACAAUAGCAACAACCAUCACAGUAAUAAUAACAACAAUAAUAAUAAUAUUAUUAACUUGUAUAUCCAUCAAAUUUUAUGUAUCCUUAAGUAUAGAUGGCUCCAGUAGCUUAAAUACCAAUAUUACCAGGUUAAAUGAUGGGAUAGAUUCCAGGAUAGAUGGUAGGGUAAAUUCCAGGUUAGAUGGUCAGCUAAAUUCCUGGAUAGAUUGUUAAUUAGAUACCAGGAUAAAUGGUUGGACAACUUCCAGGAUAAAUGAUGGGUCAAAUUCCAGGAUAAAUGGGUUAAAUGGUAGGCUAGAUUCCAAGUUAGAUGGUUAGUUAAAUUCCAGCCUAAGUAGUAUCAACGAUUCCAGGUUAAAUACCAUAAAUAAUUUCAUAACUGCCUCCUUAAAUGAUGCAACAAGUUCAAGGAUAAAUUCCAUAAAUGGUUUAACCAGGAUAGAUGGCUACUGUGUAAAAUGGGUAAAUACAGAUGUCAUAAAUUGCAUCAGUGCCUUAAAUAGCAUAAAUGCCAUUACAAUCACUUCCUUUAACAGCAACCUAGUCUGUAGGAAUGCCAUAAUAAUUCAUCCCAAUAAUGUAUUAAGUAUUUUAAGCCAAUUAGAUAUACCCCUUAGCCAGUAUAUUAAUAAUAAUAGUAAUCUUAGGGACAAUUAAAUUAAUAGUAGAAAACAAACUCACAGUAAUAGUAGGUUCCAAUUAUGAAUUACUAAAUUCCAAUGAUGCCAUAAUAUGGAGAUUAGUAUUUCCAGUUUAUGAACAUGAAUUAAACUAAUUAAUAAAAAUAGCCUAAGUAUUCAUAAGUUAAAUAAGAGAUGGAGGAAUAAUAAUAAUAAUAACAAAAUCGAAAAUGA